AUGAUGGAGUUUCGAUUUGCGAAGACGCACCGAAAUCUAAACGCGAUUAUAGCGAAUAUAUGUGAAAACCGUCUGAAACGGAACCCCGAGGGACCGAAGAAAAUGUCCGUCCUUUGUCGCGGGGUUUCCGGUUUAAAUAAACGUGACGAUUUUCGGACGUUUGAAUAUCCGUACCGUCAAAGACAUGCAAAUUUUGAUAUUUUAUCGUUUGGAUUUGAUGUGAGUAUGUUGCGAGAACAGCGAAUUAUAUAUUAUAAUGUCGUUGCGCUCCGCGUCCGAUGUAUGUGCGAAUAAUACCAUUGGUUAAACAACGGAAACGUAAUUAAAAAUCGCCAAUACUGUACAGACGCGUGUAUUAUAUUAUGUAGGUACUGUUUUUUUUUUUCGGAUCGACAAUCCGUUUUACCCCUCGUUUAUGCCUAUCGUUUAAACGAUUGUAAUGAUAACAGUGUAUAAUAUUAUAGCUCUCUCCCGGACAUUAGCGUACUCAUUAAUUAUUGUUAUUGGUAUAGGCGCGUCGACAAGACGGACGGUCAACGCCACAGACAAAACAACAACAACAAAAAAAAAAAGAAUUAAACGAAUAAUUUUGAAAAAGAACGAAAUUACUCACUUUUCGAAUACAGCAGCCGAGUCGACGAGAAAGUCCAAGCGCGGUGGUCGGCAGCCGUGCAAUGACAAGAACGCGUCGGACGGCGGCGGACAUGGCCGUUCAUGA